AUGGAAAUUAACCAGUCAGCAGCACGCGCAGCCAAGCGUUUCCUCGACGAUCGCAUACGCAACGACUGGACGUAUCCACAUCCGCCGCCCGCAUGGUCAGCUUCUGACGAGGAAGUGCGCGACGCGCAAGACUUCCGCGAGCGCUACUAUGGGGACUCUGAGUCGAGCGCCUCGGGCAAUGAGGGGGAAAGUACGGGCCCGUAUAGGUUCGACAGCCCAGAGAGCAUCGGGACCGCCGUGAACAAUACGCGGGAGGCGCGCAAGGCGAGGCGCAGGGAGCGGCUGGAGAGGGAGAUGCAGGAAAACGAGGGCCUGCGCAUGUGGGUUGAGAGAAGGGACCUAUGGACUGGUGCGGCGAGCGUGCAGAAGUACGGCACUCGCACACACAUCAACGGCGCACCUCGCGACUUGCCUGGAGAGCAAACCACGCCCGUCGCAGCAGCAUCGCCGCCCCCUCCACACACGACCCCGCUGGCUACCUUCGACGUUGUUCCCGUCGCCACACCCCUCCUCGGCGACAAUCCCAUUCGCGCAUCCAUCACCACCAACGCGUAUCCCGACAUCUUCCAGAAGAUCGUCGUCUCGUCGCGCACACCCUCUGUCCCCAUCAACCUGGCCGACAUGACCAAUGCACUGGUUCAAGGCUGGAAAGACACCAAUGAAUGGCCUCCCCGCGCCACAGCCCUGGAUCCUCUUGCCGGCAAGAAGCGUAGCAUUGCGCUGACUGCUGUCAAUGGACAUCACGGAGGCUUUGUCGAACGUCAUCCCCAUCUGGGGAAAGGCGUGGACCAUAUGAAGAAGAUACUGCAUCUGAAUGUGCAUCACGAUCACGAGCAUGCCGAGGGCGGGAAGGAGGGUUGA